AAGGUCGUAAGACAUGUGCGUGGGACAGAUGCACUGACUAAUAUAGCACUCAGUAGCUAGAACAUAUCUGUUUAAAAGCUGAGACAUCGCUACUUCUCCAGUUGUAAUUUGCAACAAGGGGCAUUGACAGGUUCAAGAUGCAUGUGUCGCCCAACAUCCAGGAAAACAUUGCAGUCAGCAUUGCGACAGCUAUCUUUAAGGCCUACAUACAAUAGUCAAGCACGGCUUUCUUCCAGCCUUGCUGAUCAAGCUGAAGUUCCACUCAAUGAAAACCAGACAAGGAUCAAGCCAGUGUGUCGAACCUCAGAGAACAACCCUCUGAACCACGGUGGAAGUCACCAGGGUCAACAUUACACAGUGCCACAAGACGUGUACAAGGACUUAUUGCAGAGGUCACUGCCUUUUGAGUUCAAGAAACAGGUGAAGACGUUUGGAGAGGCAUGUGUGAUGGUUCGAGAGCCUGCAUUGGAGGUGAUGAACUACAUACGCAACCUCAACCUAGACCUCCCAGCAUCCAGAAUUGUUCUCUAUGGACGGCGUGGGAGCGGCAGAACCAUGUCCUUGGCUCACAUCAUGCACUACUGCGCAGAGGACCAGUGGGUUAUUCUACAUGCACCAUGGCCCGUUACUUGGAACCGAGAAUACAAGGAAAUCUCUCAAUCAUCCCACAAAUCUGGUCGUAUUGAUCACCCUGCCCAUGCUGGGGAAUGGCUGCUCAAUUUCCAAGCACAAAACAAGCAUCUCCUUAAGGACAUAAAGAUUCAAUCUUCCUAUUACUGGACAAAACGGGAAUCAGCAGAAAAGGGCACUCCACUUCUUGACAUUGUGGAAUUUGGUAUGAACCGCAUCAAGUUUGCAGCUGACUGUGUUGGAGUGAUUCUCAAGGAGCUGAAACAACAGGCCAAUCAGAAAAAGGUUAAAGUAAUGGUUGCGGUUGAUGGAGUGAAUUCAUUAUGGGCUCCAACUAGAAUAAGAACAGAAGAAAAGGAAAUAGUUCCAGCUUCAAAUAUAUCAUUAGUGCAUAAUUUCAAGAAGAUUUUAAGAAGUGAUUGGACAAAUGGGGUGAUAGUAUGUACAGUAGAUCCCAUGGCCAAUGAUGAUCAGAGAGAACACUACACCCCGAAGUACCUACUUGGAAAGGAGGGCUUUGAGUGCAUGGAUCCAUUUGUCCCAGUGCUUGUGCCAUAUUACACAGAGAAGGAAGCUUACAGCUGUAUUCAAUACUUCAUUGACAUGAACUGGAUCCAAACACCUGAAGGAAAAACAGAAGAGGGCAAGAAGGAGUUAAUUUUCCUGAGCAGUUUAAAUCCAUACUUAUUAACAAGAAUUUGUGCAAGUAGAUAACUUUCUGUGUGUAGUCCAGUUGCUGUAGUUUCUGAAAAGUGUCAGUCAAGGUGCCAAAACCUCACCUGCUUCAGAGAUGACCACUCGAGAAGUGUUUACUGAACGUAGAGCAUAGGCAGAGAGACCGCUCAUACUGUCAACAAGUUUUCCAGAGCAGGCAGUUUACAAGGAGGUCAAGCUAACUGUCAAUCCCAAUAAUGAGGUUGUCAAGGGAAUUUGGCUUGGAAGUAAAUAUGCUGAAUUUUCAUUGUCACACUGAAAGUAGAAUGCUGAAAAUAAGCAGGCAUAUGUUUGAGGUUAUUGUGUUUCUACCUGAAGACAAUUAUCAAUGAUUUGUCAGACAGGAAGUUCCAGUCUACUUGGAGCAACAAUCCUAGAUUAGAGGCUGACGAGAAUAAGACACUACUGAUAUCAGUAUCAGCCUCCCAUUGGGCAAGUGGUUAUGAUGUUUCAUUAUCGUUUGUUCAUUGUCACAUGCCACUGUGCUAAUAUGAACAACCCUGUAAAUAAAGAAAUCAUAUAUAAAUGUA